AUGAUACCCAAGUUGUAUUUGAAGCACGCCACCCCGCUCCAAGGAGUCGCCACUGCGCAAACUGCCGUUCCCGUUGUGUACGUGAUGACGCCUACGUUCAAGAGGGCGACGCAGGCACCGGACCUCAUACGAGUCGCCCAGAGUCUGAUGCUGACAACGGCCGUUUUCUGGAUCGUCGUAGAAGACUCGGAAAAGAAAACACAAGUGGUUUCCCGAAUCGUGAAGGAGUCGGGUGUUCCGUUCGUGCACCUGCUCGGUCCGUGCCCCAAAUAUCGGAGAACACCAGGUCACGGCCGCGGCGUGAGCGGUCGACUCCGGGGGCUCGACUGGCUCAGGAAGUACGCUGCUCUUCCCGGAGUGCUCUAUUUCGCCGACGAUGACAACUCGUACGACUACAGGCUCUUCGACGAGAUUCGAUGGACACGGGCCGUCAGUGUGUUUCCAGUCGGAGCUAUUCAGAAGACCGGCGUGAGCAGUCCCGUCGUCGUCGGCGGUCGAGUGGUGGAGUUCUACGACCCCAUGAGAAAGCCGUGGCGGAAGUUUCCAGUAGACAUGGCCGGCUUUGCGGUCAACCUUCGGUUGGUGAUGGGCAACGAUAAACUUAAGAUGCCCUACCAGGCCGGCCAUUUGGAAACGGCCUUUCUCGAGAGCCUCAAUAUUACGAUAAAAGACUUGGAGCCGCUGUGUGAAAACGCCACAAAGAUUUUCGUUUGGCACACUCAGUCCAAGCCUGGUGUUUUCCCCCCUCAUAGCCUUGUUCGUAAAGUGAGCCACUUCAACGAGUCAAACAUGAACAAGCUUUUGACAUUUAUGAACUCUUGA